GUACGGUUGUUGGAGCGAUGACGCUCCAGUCAAAUGGUUUAUUUUAGCUCCGGCAUUUUUCCUGCUGCUUUUACAUUUUAACCCCCCGAUGUAGAUUAUAACACACCUUGUGUUGUUUUUUUUUACCCUAGCUACCUUUUUUAUAUCAGCUGAUCUCGGAUGCUUUUUUCCCCUCCUCCAUAUUUUCCGCUCCUUAGAUGUAUUUUGUGUCCCUUGUUUCCUCCAGGAACCCAUGUCUGUGUGCAUCCCGCCUCCCUGCGCUCUCAAUAGAUGGUGCAACUCAAAAUGUCCAAAUCGCCCGUAGACCCACUGUCUGCUGUGGAAACAGGCUCUCAAUCGCACUAUUUUCAGCUGCCCAGGAAGUUGCCUAAACGCAAGAGCCGCUUCAAACGCUCAGAUGGCAGCACGUCUUCUGACACAACAUCCAGCUUUGUCAAACGGCAGGGGUCGGCUGAUUCGUACACCAGUAGACCGUCGGAUUCAGACCUGUCAGCAGAGGAGGACCGCGAGGCGUAUCGGCGUGAAGCCGAGCGCCAGGCACAACUGCAGCUCGACAGAGCUAAGUCCAAACCUGUAGCGUUUGCAGUAAAGACGAAUGUGAGUUACUGCGGAGCUCUGGAUGAGGACUGUCCUGUCCAAGGAGCUGCAGUCAAUUUUGAUGCCAAAGACUUCCUGCACAUCAAAGAAAAGUAUAACAAUGACUGGUGGAUCGGCCGGCUAGUAAAAGAGGGAGCAGACAUCACCUUCAUCCCCAGCCCUCUACGACUGGAGGCGAUGAGACUUAAGCAGGAGCAGAAACAAAGGAAAACAGGGGGUAACUCCUCGAGUUUAGGGGACAUGGUGACUGGGAGUUGGAGGACCACACCGCCAUCUGCAGGUGAAUCCAAACAGAAGCAAAAACAGGAACACGUUCCUCCCUACGACGUGGUGCCCUCUAUGAGGCCAGUGGUCCUCGUGGGACCAUCGCUGAAGGGCUAUGAGGUGACGGAUAUGAUGCAGAAAGCUCUUUUUGACUUCCUGAAACACAGAUUUGAGGGAAGAAUCUCAAUCACACGUGUAACUGCUGACCUGUCUUUAGCCAAGAGAUCUGUCCUCAACAAAAGACCCAUAAUGGAGAGAUCCAACACUCGCUCCAGCCUAGCGGAGGUUCAGAGUGAGAUCGAGAGGAUAUUUGAACUCGCCAAAACCCUGCAGCUGGUGAUUCUGGACGCGGACACCAUCAACCAUCCCGCACAGCUAGCCAAAACCUCCCUUGCACCCAUCAUAGUCUAUGUGAAAGUUUCCUCACCAAAGGUGCUUCAGAGGCUGGUCAAAUCCAGGGGAAAGUCUCAGAGCAAGCACCUGAAUGUGCAGAUGAUGGCUGCAGACAAACUCUCUCAGUGCCCACCGGAUAUGUUUGAUGUCAUUUUGGAUGAGAACCAGCUGGAAGAUGCAUGUGAGCAUUUGGCUGAAUACCUGGAGAUCUACUGGCGUGCUACUCAUCUUCCAGGCAUCACCCCUCUUAACCCCUUAUUGGAGCAGAGUCUAAUGACCCCGCCUUCUGCCAUCUCGAGUCUACAGAACAAGAACCAGCCUCAGCCUUGUGAGGCCGUGGGCUUGGAGGGUGAGGAGGAAGAGGUGGGUGAGGAGGCCCACUCCCCCCUGGAGCAGGACAGUCUUAUGCCGUCUGACGAGGCCAGCGACUCCCUGUCUCGUGGCCGGAGGGGGAGCCCGUGCCACAGGGGGGGUGCGGAGGAUGAAGAGGAGGAGGAGGAAGAAGAAGAGGAGGAAGAGGAGGAGGAUGAGUUUGCCUCCCCCUGCCAUGCUCGCACAUAUAGGGACAUGUACCCCCCUCACCGUGGGCACACUGGCAGUGCCCACAGUGCCAAUGGGCACGAGUCACAGGACAGGCUGCUCCAUCGUGAAGCUCAGCGAGGUCACAACCAGAGGAACAACCGCCAGCGCAGCCGCCCCUGGCCCCGAGACACCUACUAAGGAACAAAGCCCCCCACACCCGGCCUCCAGAUCAGCACAGAGAACCCCUCCCCCCCGCCCUCGAGCCCUCCGACUGUCAUAUUUUCCCAAACAAACAAUUUAGAGAUGAAAAAACUUGCACCAAAUCAGCUCCAAAUUAGAAACAAAUGCCCCGUUAUUAUAAGAAGACAACUUUAGGUCUAUUUUAUAAGAAUUUCGAGUCACUCACUUCCAGGCUCCCAGUUAUAAUUCAUCUCUAGAGGAUGCACUGACCUCUCCAGGGUCAUGUAAUUCAGAUUAAAGUCAACAGGGCUACUCACCUCUGCAAUGGAAAGGUUUCAGGCUACCAGCUGUAGGCAAACUCAAACUUUAGCUGCUUUGCCUAAGGUUUCUCUAUUGUAGGAUGUCUCAUAUACUGGCCUUAAAAUUCCUAAGACUUUUUAACUAUCUUUACUAUUGCAUGUAUGGGUAUAAUUAUUUUAAAACUAUUUGCACAUUAACGUCAGAACAGGAACAGAAUGAUCUUUACGGAUAAACUAAUGUAGGAAUGUCUACUGUUGAAUCCAUUUAUGGGAAAUAGUAAUGCAUUUGAUCACAAUGUAUAUACUGAAUGGGCACCUGGUUUGUUUCAUUGCUACUAUAUUUGUUUGAUUUUGUUAAUAUGGACUUGUUUGUUGUUUCAGAAAAAUGUUGCCACCCAUGUGUUCACUCAUACUCUGAAAACGGUGAAUGGAGAGACACACACACACACAUCAGAGUUUCUGAACGGUCACAAUUGAAGUAAGCGGUAUGAAGCUGCAGUAUAGCGUCAGUGUCACCUACAGUACAGUGUGUUCGGGGCAUCACUCGCCUUUGCUGUUGCACAAUCACUCUCAACACCUUGAAGAAAAAAACAAUCUCAAAAUGGGCACAGAGAAUGUAAAACACAACUUAGAAAGGGGAAUGUUAUCUUUUAAAAGGGUGAAUUAUUUGCCAAACUCGCUUGUUUACAUUGAACCAUUCACAUAUGUUUAAGCACAUGCUGCAGCGCCUCUUCAAAUCUUCAGAGAAUGUAAGUUUGCAUGCCUUUUUGCACCUCCAACACCACCCGGUGUCUCCAAACCCAACCGUAAUUCGAUUGUAGCACGUUAUUGAUUGUAGCAUCCACAGUUCCUACACUUAUCUCACUCCCCUUGUACGUCUUUGCCAAACAUUGCGUCACGUACUGCAGUUUGAUUCGAUUUUGAUCAAAGCAGAUCCUCAGGUGUAAGUCCUACACACUUAUCGCGCUCAACUCCACGUAACAAAUGUGUCGUGCUCCUGAAGGACUCGUAGCACCCGUGACACGAUGCCAUUCUGUUUCUGCACCAUUAUUAGUUCAUGAGCCGAUGAGGAGUUCGACGUGAUGCAGACGAGCAGCGACCCACUUCAUGAAAAAGGGGUCGAUACUGUUAACAGCCGGCUUUAGGAAAUACUGGUUUACUGCUUCCAUGUCUCACAGGUAUCUCUAUCUAGUGUUCUGUAUAUUUUGAAGACAAAAAAAAAUCAGCAUGAUUGAAAAAAAUCUAUGCAAGUGUUGCAUGAAAUCUGAUUGUUUCUUUUUACAGUUAAGUAUUUCAGUAAUGCAUUGAUUCUGAUUCUCCUUGUUGUCUUGUAGUGAUAGUCUUGUCUUUGGGGCUACUCACUCCUCACACACUAACAACACUAUUACUAAAAAAAAAAAAAAAUCAGAAUGCAUCACUUUAUUUAUCCACAAACAUUAAUAUUGGGGACAUUUUUUUUCUAUCCACAAUAUUGGGUGGACACUGGUUGAUGCACUUUUAAAAGUCACUUGCUUAAAAAUUGUCCCGGUCCCAGAUCAGGCACUACAAUUUUUUAAUUUGUGAUAAAAUCGAAUGAGUGAAUUAUUAAAGCCCUGCAUGUUUUAGUUCACCAAUUAGCUAUUUUCAUUAUAUUUUGGCAGAGUAUGUUUUUCAAAGCGGACCAAUUUAGCAACUGAUAAAGCAGUUGAGGUUUUUCAAUUUAUGAAGCACAAUUUUUACAAGGGUUAUAAUUUAUAAUUCAGUUUCCUCUGUCUUAUUCUGUAUGCAAUACUAAGCCUAAACAUUGAAAAACUUUAAACGCCUUAGACCAUCUGGACUUCCUGUUUUUGUGUGAGUAGAAAAAAAAAAUUGCACUACUUUUCUUUGGGAUGGUUGCUUUGUAAUGCAAUAACUGCACUAAAUAUAACCGUGUAUCCACCAGACUACCACAGCGUGCUAGCGUGAUCCAACACGCCUCUUCCCUCUAUUUAUCAAAAGAGACAGCAAAUGUGUAAAAAGUGAGACAUUUCCUGCCUGAUGCUGUAUAGAAUGCUUUCUAUUUGAAAAUAGAUUCACAAUGCUAAGUAAAAUAUGACUUAAAAUAAACAUGACAUUUUAUGUA